GCAAUUCUCGACGUUUUUCCAACUGUAAGGAAAAAAAUAAAUUUUAUAUGGAAAAAAAUUAAACAUAUAUAAGAAUUGCCAGACUGAAAUACUGUGUCGAUCCUUAAUUAAUCCGAAUGCAAUUUAUUGGGUGAGUGUUAACUUACAGAAUGGAAACUGACGAAAUCAAUGAAAGAACUUCAAAUAAAGGAGAAAAACGUAAGCUCAAAGUCAUUUUAGAAAAUGACAAGUCUUCGGAACAAACUCCUUUUAUAGGAAAGUUUACUGGGCUUUCUCCGGCACCAAAAGAGCUUUUAUAUCAUGCUUAUGAAAGAGCAGCUAAUGGCCAUAUAAACAUUGUUGGAGAAAACGAAGCUGUUUCACUUGAAUCGACUGUUCAACCAAUUAAAAUGAAUGAAUACCUUAUCGCUAUAUAUGAUAAACAUUCAAAUACGGUGACCUUUCGAGAUGCAAGUGAAAUAGAAAUAACCCCUGUUCUGAAGCGCUUAAGGACCGAGCAGCCUAAAGAGUCAGAACUGAUCCAAGAUUAUUAUACAGCAAAGACGGCUCUUAAUAAAGAGUUUGGAUCAAAGAAAGCUCGGUUAAAGAUUGUCACGCGAGAGAGAGGAGAAAUUGACGCGUCGCAAGUACGAGACCUUGAUAAGAUUGCAACUGAAGUCGAUGAAAAGGUCAAGACAAGAGCUAUUGAGGGACAAGAAGUUAUGAAAGAGGAGAGCGGCAUUAUUCCUACAUACGAUGCAAUUACAACGGAUCCAUCUAAGAUUUAUAAAUUGGAGGAUAUCGUCACUCCUGCAGAAUAUGACGCAAUUGAUAUUCAAGAUUUACUUAAAGCAAAGACCGAAAAAGAUAGAUUAACACUUUUACCAUAUUCGAACUCAAAUUACGUUAAAUCACGUCUCAUUCCUUCAUUAACGGUCAGAAAAGUAAACCAUAGACGUAUUAAAAUGCUCAUGUAUAUAAAUUACAUGAUGGCUUUUCGGUCACAUGCUUUUGGUAAUGUUCGAAACCGUAAACUUAUGGCUGAGGGAUUGAGGAAUCCUCCAAAUAUCAUUUUAGACAAAUUAUAUGAGCGCUUCGUUGAUCGUACUUUUACAAAAUUUGGGGGAAAUGAAAAUUUCAAGUUUACUUUGAAGAACGAUCAGAAAUUAAUCUGUUAUAUGUUGGUUCUAUGCUUGAAGCUUGAUGAUAAUUAUGUGAAUCCUGAGCCAAUAAGUGAAGAUUUAGGCAUUACAACAACCAAACUCAAUGUUUUAUUCAAAGGUAUUGGUUGUUCAAUUCGUACCUUGAGUAAGAAAGAAAUGACUGAACUAGGAAUUACCAAAGAGUAUGGUGCCAAACGUGCUGUAUUGACUGCGCCUCUCAAACUUCCUGAACAUAAAAGAGGAUCUCGGAAAAAAAAUAACUUUUAACUGGAAAUCUUGAAAUUUACAAUUGAUUGGUUUAGUAAUUUCUUUCAUUAAUAUUGAAUUGGUAUAUAUCAGAUAAUUAUGGAAGUUUCGAUUGAUAGAAAAUUCCUUUUUCGGGCAAUUUAUUUUUUGUAUCUAUCUAAAAUCUUAUUAUUAGAUUUUAAUGCCACCCCUAUCUUUUGUGAUUUCGGUUCGCACGGUUUACUAACUCUAAAGCAAUUUUUCUCCAGAUCUCAAAUAUGAUGGUUUUAAAUUAUACAAGACGAAAGAUCGAGCAAUAGAUAAACAAAAAAAAAAAUAAUUGACUGUCCUUAAUUAUGUGGUUGAGCCUGUUAUUCCUGUUAUUAUUGCUGUUGUUUAUCAUCAAUAUAUACCUGCGAUUCCUGUUUUACAUUAUCAAACAUUUCGAAAUGAUAUUAUAAUAAUAAUAUUAACAAUUUUUUGUUUUGUAUUUUGAUGAAAAUUUU